UUCCUCUUUCUUCGUAUCACCCGAAAUUCCCACACCCCAUCACAAGUCCUAUGCAUACACACGUCAAAUUUCAAUCUAUAUUUAAAGUAUAGAAUUGUGUUAAGUAUUUAGAAUUAGAACUUCAUAGUAGUAAGAGACCUUCGAUUUAUCUACGUACACCAAAAAAUAUCACUUAUCCUAUCUAUAUAUUUUUGUUUUCCAUUUUCUCAUAGGUGUUGUGGUUGUCUAAAGAACAAUUUUUUAUUUUCUAACCACAUGACGACGUUAAGAACUGUGGAGAUAACAUUUUUGUCCGCAGAGAAUCUUGAAAUGAAUCGAAAAGGCAUUAGAGGGAAGGCGUUUGUGACGGUUCAAUCCGACGGAAGCAGCGACACAAGCACGACGAAAGUGGAUUCAGAGGGAGGGAGUUACCCUUCGUGGAACGAGAAGGUUGUGAUGGACGUGCCAUUGCAUGCAAGGUUCAUAACCGUUGAGGUGAAGUGCAAGACAUCAUCAUCGACAGCGUCGAACAGUGUUGGCGUGGCGCGAAUACCGGUUUCGGAUUUCGUUGGAGGGUACGUGCCAGAAAAUGAGUUGCAUUUCUUGAGCUAUAGGUUGUGGGAUGAUAAGGUUAGAAGAAACGGGGUUAUAAAUGUUUCGGUGAGGGUCACAGUGGCAGAACAACAACGUUCUUGUCAUUCGAAUUCUAUGUUGUCGGCUGUCACGGGGCUGCCGGUAGCCGGUAAUUGCGGCGGAGCUGGAGUUGUUACUGGGAUUCCGGCUGUUUGGUUAAACUACCAAAGAAAUAUUUGAAGACAGAAUUUCUUAUAGCCAAGAAUAUAAGAAAGAGAAAUAUUUGGAGGGUUUGUUAGCUUAAGAAAAAAGAAAGCAUAUAUUGUUCAUUGUUUUUCCUUCUGGGUUUGCUGUGGAAAAUUUGUGACACAGCAUGGAGAGGGAUUCACAAUAAGUUAAAAUAAAAGUUGUGAAAUUAUUAUAGCUCAACUAUCACUAUAGAGUUCUCUAGUAUAUAUGUAUGUAUGUACACUGAGAAUAUGAGAAAAGAAAUGUCAUGUGCCUUUCUUUCUUAAUUAAAUUAAAACUGUCACAAUACAUGUCUAUUCGUUGUA